CACAAUACUCUACGCGGGUCGAAAAUCAAAAUGGCGGACAAAUUUUCUCAAAGAAGCUCAUCAGUUUUAUAUUUAUUGUGAUAUCUUUGUGCCAAAUGGAUGUUCUACGGCCUUCAGUAGUAUGGGUAGAUGGUCGAUGUUACCGAAAACUACCUUGCGAACAAAUGAUGGACAGUGGAACAAACAAAGAACUCGUAGAGGACGAAAGGAGGCAGUUAAAAUACGAGCAAGAGGAUCUAACCUAUGAGGAUGAAGUGUGUGAUGCACUUAAUUUGGUUGAGUCCACUGCCAAUGGUUUCAAGUCCAGCAUGGGCAUCUCAUGUGAAGUGCACAGGUUCAUCAUCGGCUACAAAGGAAAUACCAAGAGGCAGAUAGAGCAGGAUACAAACACAAGAAUAAGCAUACCAAGAGUGGGGCAGACUGGAGACAUAGUUAUUACCGGUCAGUCAAAAGCUGAAGUGUUAUCGGCUCGCCAUAAGGUAGAUAUUGUGGUUGAGUCAUCACGGCACAAGGUUCCAUUCACACACUUCCUAUCUUUCCCGCUGUACUUUGACCAGCUUGAGAAAAAAGCCAAAGAGUUCAAGCAAAUAGUUCUUCAGGAGUACUCAGAGGAUAGGGGCAUUGAUGCAAGUAUAUUCCAGGAACCCAGCAAACUCCAUCUGACCAUUGGGAUGAUGGUACUGCUAGGACCCUGUGAGGUGGAGAAAGCUGGAAAAUCUCUUUCUGAGUGUUACCAGGAUCUUGUAAGGGAGUGUGUUGGUGAUGAUCCGCUGAUGGUGGAGCUCAAGGGGGUUGAGUACAUGAAUGAUGAUCCCACCAACGUAGAUGUGCUCUACAUCAAAGUGCAAGAAACAGAUGGAGGAAAUAGACUUCAAAAGCUGGCAAAUGCUUUGAUGGAGGCUUUUGUUUCUUGUGGCCUGAUGCGUCAAGAGUAUGACAAAGUCAAGUUACAUGCGACUAUUAUGAAUAGUAAACAGCGAGCAACUUCUGAGCCACCAGACUCCAAGCGCAGAAAACCUCAUGGCCCACAACAGAAGAGAGUGUCAUUUGAUGCUCGGAAUAUAGUAACCCAUUUUAAAGACUUCAGCUUUGGUGAAUACCAAGUUGAUCGCAUCCAUGUAUCUCAGAGAGGAGUGUUUGACAGCAAAGGACAUUACCACUGUUCUGCUGAGGUACUCAUCAAGUGAAAAACAUGGAACAACCAUAGAACAGCUACACUAGUACAGCUACCCAAGCAUGCCUUUAGGGAAGCCAACAAGGAGAAUUGGGAACCAAACUUAAAAUGUACAAAGAAUGUGAUAAGCAAUAAUUUUAAGCAACUCAACAUGCUUCCAGGGUUCAGUACAAAAAGAAAUGAUCAAAACAAGACAAGCUGGACAAUUACCUUACCAAAUGUCUUUAUAAAUUUAAAGGAAAAGCUUAUGUAUAAAUAAAACCUUGUUAAUACUA